AUGGUCGGAUUUUCUUUUCAGAUCACAACGAAGUUAAUGGCGGGGCACUUCUGGAUUGGUCAAACGAUUGCACCUAUUGCCGUUCUAAUGGACGAGCUGCGCUCGGAAGACGUUCAACUACGCCUCAAUGCCAUUCACAGCAUACCCACAAUUGCACUCGCUUUAAAGCGGCUCUCACAGGGCGAAUGGUUUACAUCGCGUACCUCUUCUGCUGCACUGUAUCCUCCAGUUUACAACAAAGUAUCAUGGGAUCUCGCCGCGUUGGGUGCAGAUGAUACACAUAUGGCCGCGCAGCAACAUGUCUUGUCGGAUGGGCUACCAAUCUACCGCAGACUCCAAUCCGAUGAUCAGGAUUCUGUGCGCUUAUUCACCGUAGAAGAUCUUAUUGUUAUCACGAAGCAACUUACGCACCGUAGUAGAUUCUAUUGUUAUCGUGUUCUGAAGCACGCAAUUCAUUCAAUUGAAUGGUCUCUGUCACUCGUCCUUUUUAAGUUUCUAUUCAAUCGCAAACGCAUAAAGCUUCUGGUCGUAUACUCUCCUGCUCUCUGCAAUCCCUCCAUUGUUAACCUCCCUUGA